UUGGGCCUAAAAGCAGGCAGUCGCUCGGGUCAGCUGCUCUGUCGAUCUCUUCUACUUCGUCUUCCCUUUCUCUCUGCAUUCACGAGACCACGAUGUGGAGGAACUCGAAGAGUUUAUCUUCCAAGUUCCCGAUAUCCAACAACCCAUUCUACCACCUGUCUUCCGCCUCCCCCACCGCUGCACACGGCGGCGUUCGACCCGCGCUGCUCUCUCACUCCCUCACCCAAUCCUACCCCUACUCCCCUUCGCCUUCGCCUUCAGAUUCUCUCAAGCUCGGGCUUCACCGAGCCGAUGGAGUCGGAGCCCUUCCGGCGGCGGCUGAUCUCGCGUCUUUGGCUUCCAGGGCUUCGCACUUGGCCCGCCACUAUGGCCGCUGCUAUUGGGAGCUCUCCAAAGCUCGCCUCAGCAUGUUAGUCGUUGCAACUUCUGGAACUGGCUUUGUUCUUGGAAGUGGCCAUGCCAUUGAUUUUGCUGGACUUUGUUGCACAUGUGCUGGUACCAUGAUGGUUGCAGCAUCUGCUAAUUCCUUAAAUCAGGUGUUUGAGAAGCAAAAUGAUGCCAAAAUGAACAGAACGAAGAACAGACCACUACCUUCAGGACGCAUUACGAUCCCUCAUGCAGUCACCUGGGCAUCCGCUGCUGGUUUAGCUGGAACUGCUUUAUUGGCAAGCAAGGCUAAUAUGUUGGCAGCUGGUCUUGGAGCCUCCAAUUUAAUACUUUAUGCGUUUGUGUACACUCCGUUGAAGCAGAUUCACCCAGUGAAUACGUGGGUUGGUGCUGUUGUUGGGGCUAUCCCUCCACUUUUAGGUUGGGCUGCAGCUUCCGGGCAGGUUUCCCUGAAUGCAAUGCUACUCCCAGCUGCUCUAUACUUUUGGCAAAUACCACAUUUUAUGGCCCUUGCAUACUUGUGCCGUGAUGACUAUGCCGCUGGAGGGUUUAGGAUGUUCUCCCUUGCUGAUGCUUCUGGUCGGAGAACAGCCUCCGUGGCUUUAAGGAAUUGCAUAUACAUGAUCCCGUUGGGGUUCUUGGCCUAUGACUGGGGUAUGACGUCGGGAUGGUUUUGUCUUGAAUCUACUCUUCUUACUCUCGCGAUAGCUGCAACAUCAUUUUCGUUCUAUCGAGACCGUACUAGACAUAAAGCAAGGAAGAUGUUUCAUGCCAGCCUUCUUUAUCUUCCUGUAUUUAUGUCUGGGAUUCUGUUUCACCGUAUCGUUGAUAACCAACAAUGCCUUACUGAGGAGAAUUUUGAGAGUAGCGUUGAGCUUUCGUUGCCCUCACAAGACGGCAAUGUCAAUCGGAAGAAUAGGUUGAGGAAUUCCACAGAUGGCACGCAAGUUCGCCCGCCUGUAUCAUAUGCCUCAAUUGCACCAUUUCCGUUUCUCCCAGUUCCUUCGUAUGCCGCUCCGUGAUAUGUUUCUGGAUCCCUAGUUUUGUACAAUGAAAUGUCGAAAGCUGCCCAAUAAAGUAUUUUUGUU